AUGAAGAACAUCAUCCUCCUGACUGUCUCCCUUCUCGCGGCCUCCACCGCCGCACUUCCUACCCCUUCCUCUUCCACCUCCAAGUCUCUUUCUGCCAGCGACCCCGACUGCGGCCGAAGCGGCUACAACUGCGGAGACCCCGAGCCUUCUGACACCGCUGUCUUCAUCACCGAUAGUGGCCGGAGUGGAUACAACAAGCGCACUCCUUCAGGCCGGAAGAACGGCACCGUAUCCGUAGCCAGUGGUCGGAGCGGCUAUAACAAGCGUACUCCUUCAGGACGGAGCGGAUACAAUGACAUCGGCGAAGAGGAUGGCACUAACAAGGCCCGCCGCGACCAACAGGCCGAUCCCGACAGUGGCCGGAGCGGGUACAACAAACGUGUUCCUUCAGGCCGGAGUGGCUACAACGGCGAAGAGGACGGCACUGUCUCUGCCGACAGCGGAAGAAGCGGGUACAACAAGCGCACUCCCAGUGGACGCAGCGGAUACAAUGAUAUUGGUGAAGAGGACGGCACUGUUUCUGCCGCUAGUGGACGUAGUGGCUACAACAAGGCGCGCGACCAGCAGGCUGAUACGGAUGGUCGCAGUGGCUACAACAAGCGCACUCCGGGGUCUGGAAGGAGCGGGUAUAACGAGGUUGAGGAUGGUGUUGAGAGCAACUAA